AUGGCUCCCCUGGCAGCUUGUAGAUCCGCUCGGAGGACAACGAGGAAGCCCUUAGCCGUGCUUGUGGCGCUCGUGGCGUGCUUGUAUGCGCCCUCCUUCGUACUGCCCGCAGCGCCGGUGGCUCGCCCACUGCGCCACCAGCAGCCCUCCCGUGGCCUUGCACUCCGCGCGCGUGGAGGCGAGAGCGACUCUGCCAAGCUCGCUGUGGGAGACGAGGUCAAUGCUUUGUACCCGGAUGACGAGCAGUGGUAUCCCGGAACCAUCGAGAAGAUCAAUGACGACGGCACCUACACUGUCAAGUGGGAGGAUCCUGAGGGAGGCCCUGAGAGCCACGACGUCGCCGAAGAGAACAUCAAGAAGAUCGUCAUCUUCUCUGAUUACAAGGUGGGAGAGAAGGUGGAAGCGGUUUUCGAGGAGGAUGGCGGCUGGUACACGGCUGAUGUUGCCAAGAUCAAUGACGAUGGCUCCUUCACGGUGAAGUGGGACGACCCCGAUGGCGGCCCCGAGGAAUCCACGGUGCAGCCCAAGGAGAUGAAGUACCCCCCGAUUCCUGUGGAAGACCUGGAGAUCGGAGCAAAGUACACAGGCACCGUCAAGACCGUGUUGGACUUCGGGGCCUUUGUCGACAUUGGCGCCGAAGCGGAUGGGCUGGUCCACAUCUCGAGGAUCUCCACCCAGCGCGUGGAGAACAUCUACGAUGAGGUCCACGAAGGUCAGGAGGUCGAAGUCUGGGUCUCCGGGAAGCAGGACGAUGGCAAGUUUGGCCUCACGAUGGUGGAAGGUCGGCUGGAUGGCGGCGGCAGGCGAGCACCUGAGGAUCUGAAUCCCUUCUUUGACAUCCUUCCCUCGGAGUGGCAGAAGGGUGUGGUAGCCCGGACUGCGCCUUUUGGGGCCUUUGUCACGGUCACGCUUGAAAGCGGCGAAUCGGCAGAUGGUUUGGUUCACAUCUCCAAGCUGCAAGAUGGCUUCGUGGACAACGUGGAGGACGUCGUGCAGGUGGGUCAGGAGGUGAAGGUCCGGAUUGAGGGGGUCGACCUCGACGCUGGAAAGAUGAGCCUGUCCAUGCGAGAGCAAGGCGGCUUCGGGGGCGGCAUGGGUGGCGGCCGCCCUCCGCAAAACUUCGAAGCAUUCCAGGUCAAUGGGCCCAUGUGA